AUGGCCACGCUGGGCUCGCCCUCUCCCCCGACUUCCCCCUCGCGAACUAUGCGCCGCCGCGGCUGGGCCAGGAAGGUGGAGCGGUACUGCUGCACCGCCGUCACCUACUUCCCGCUCCUCUUCGUCUACGGCCUGACGUCGUGGGCCGUGUGGGUGCAGGCUGGCAUCGGCUUUGUCCCCUCGAAGAAUGUCUGGACGGGAAAGUUCUCGUCUGCCCUCGGCGUCUUCCUCUAUCUCAUGCUCAACUGGAGCUACACUACCGCCGUAUUCACCGACCCCGGAUCGCCGCUCAACAUCAAGAAUGGCUACAGCCACCUGCCGUCACAAGAAGGAGGAGAGAUGCAGUACACGUCCUUCACAGUCAAGGCAUCGACCGGUGAACUGCGCUUCUGCAACAAGUGCCAGUCCAAGAAGCCCGACCGCUCGCACCACUGCUCCACGUGCAAGCGCUGCGUCUUGAAGAUGGACCACCACUGCCCGUGGCUCGCGACCUGCGUUGGCCUGCGCAACUACAAAGCCUUCGUCCUGUUCCUGACAUAUCUCUCCUUCUUCUGCUGGGUGUGUUUUGCGACGUCUGCGACCUGGGUCUGGAGCGAAAUCCUCAGUGACGGACAAUACACCGAAUCGUUCAUGCCUGUCAACUACGUCUUGCUCGCUGUGCUAUCCGGCAUUAUCGGAAUUGUCAUAACAGGAUUCACUGCGUGGCAUCUAUGGCUCACAGUCAGGGGUCAGACUACGAUCGAGAGCUUGGAGAAGACGCGCUACCUCUCACCACUCCGGAGCACGAUGAAGCACCAGCUCAACGACCGAAACUAUGUCGAGGCGCAAGCAAACGGCCGCUUGAGCGUUGGCGACCAGUUGCGCGAGAUCCACGCGAACGCUCUCCCGGGAGUGACCAGACCCGAAGAGGGUGAGCAGCCUUCGCGCUCCGCAUCGCGUUCUCCCGUCCCCGGUCACGCGAACGGCUACUCCCACCCGCACUACCAAUCCUACGAAUACCGAGAACGCCAGCAGAACCAAGACCGCUACGACAGCUACCUCGACGAGCGCGACAACGAGAUGCUACCGAACGCGUUCGAUCUGGGCUGGAAGCGUAACAUCGGACAUGUUUUUGGGCCUUCGCCGUUGAAGUGGUUCGUGCCACUGGUAACAACAACUGGAGACGGAUGGUCGUGGGAGCCCAGUCCGAAGUGGCUGGCAGCUCGGGAACGGAUAAAGCGUGAAAGAGAAAGGGAAGAGCAAAUACAAAAGCAGCGUGAGCGCGCGGCUGGUUGGGGCGUGGAUACUCCUACGGAAGCAGAGUUCACGCGUCCCACUCGCGGUCCGGGUGGGUGGAUGCCCGGCCAAUACAACCAGCCUCCACCGCGAGCCACAAGACGUCCGGAGUGGCAAGCACCCACUCGUCAAGGCGAGCCGACCCAAUACCUCACCCCCUCCAAUGGCAUCGCCAAAGGUCCAAUCGACGGACGAAGAAGUCCGAACAAAGCCGACCAAAUACUAGGAAGAGAACGCGGCAUGUACGCCGAUGGCGACGUACAGCUCCAAAAUAUCGACAGGAGGAAGUUCGACCAAUACAAUUACAUAUCCGAAGACGAAGACGACGAUUACGAGGUCUCGAGCGACGAGCAAGCGGUUGACCAACGAAAAGCACGAAAAGCGCAGACCGUAUCUGCACCCCCGAAAGGGACGCAGAACUGGAAUGAUAUUCCAGAUGGGUUCUUAGACCCAGCACCGAAAGCGAAGAAAAGCACAAGUCGGGAACGGCCGCGGAAAAACGGCGAAUGGGACGAUUGGGGGACGUGA